AUGCCGUCAAUACGCCUUCUCAGCCUUGUGCAACACAGCCUUCAGCCAGGAGAAAAGCUUAAGUGGAUACCGUGGCAGCUUCGCCUUAGCUCCAAACAAUACUCCGAAAUUAUGGAGGCCAAGUCAUCUAAGCCUAUGAGGACGGAGGCCCAGCUGCUCGCCUCAGCCAUAUAUGACGACACACCUGAGAUGGCCGUCUCCCAUCUCCGCCUCUCCGUGUCCUGGCUACAGCGCAUCCAAACAGUGUUCAGGAACGCUUGGGCACUGUGUGGGGCAGCCCACCUCAACAACCUCAAAGCCUUCGACAAGCGAGUCGAACACUUAGCCUUGCCAGACCGAGCCGACUCCUCCCUCAAGGGACCAACAACGCAGGAGCUCUUAGCAGCUGAUCGCAAGAUUUGGAACACCAUUUCUAGCCUUGCUGCCUCUGGCUGGAGCCUCGACGAAGCCUUGUAUGAGGUCACUAGCAUUCGGAGUGACCUCGCCAACCUGCUUCAGCCAAGACCGCGGCCGCCGCCGACACCGCCGGGUCCUAACCGCCGUCCCAAUGGUGGCAAGGGCAAGGGCCGCGGCAAAGGCCUUCAGAAGCCAGAUAGCCCAUCCAAAUCUGACUCAUGGCCCUCUAACUGGGUGUUGAAGGCCAAGGGCAAAGUCCUCUGUAAGCGUUACCAGAGAAAUCUGUGCGCCUUGCCCAAUUGCAAAUUCGCCCACCUCUGCGCGGUCCGGGGAUGCGGCAAGGAGCACUGUGCCGUCGACCACGACAAGAAGCCGUCGUGA